UUCUCGCUUGUCCCGCAUACCUACUGAAAAUGUCGAACGCGUGAUCCGCUAGAUUAAUGGCUUCCGUCAACGACAGGAGAGGUUUGGAUGGCAGGCAAUCCAGAAAAGUGCCGGACUGAGGGCAUUUUGGUUUUACAAGCCUCAUGCGCCUGUUCCCUCGCGUGUCUGGAGCUCUAAACAGUACAACAGACUUUAAAUCACCGCAUGCAUAUAGAGCCAGCCUGCAACUUAUCGGUAAUACACAUACGUGCACGAUAAAGUAUUUCGCUCGACAGCGGCACGCCCUGCACCCUCUCUGGUGCUGAAAAGGCAGGAGCAGGACAGCGGGCUCAGUUGGCCCAGCGCUCCGUGCGCCUGUGUACUCUAUUUAUCCCCGAGGCACAGAGGACAUUCGGCACCCUUCUCAGCAGACAGGCAGGCGAGCGGAAAAACGAGGGACAGAGCUGGCGACGUGCUAAGAUCAUCGUUUCUUCUUGGCAAAAGAAAUACAGGAAGAAAACACGUUUAUCUGGGUUAAGGUUACUUUUUUUUUUAGUGCGCGCAUAGAUGAGUCCGCCCGGGAAUCACAUCAACCUGCGUCGCCCAACCAAUUUGGCACCACACAGGGCAGUCCUCGGAAAGUGACAAAGCGGAUCACAUCACUUGCGUGUAUUUCUGGAGAAUCGCGUUAGCGGGGCAGGGGGAUGCUUUAGUAACUGGAGUAAGCGAUGCUGAAAGAGGCGUUCUGCCGUCCCCCCCUGACUGACUGAGCACCACCACAGCACUAAUGAGUGAAAUAUGGAGAAACAGGCUCUCGCAACGGCCAUCAGCUUGUCCAUGAGCCUCUUCUCGUUGAUGCUCCUCAUCACGGCUAUCUUCACCGACCACUGGUACGAAACCGACACCAGGAGGCACGCAGAGAACUGCGAGCGGCACGGCACCGACUCCCAUGAGCAGAAAAGCCGGGUGAUGCCCAUGUAUCACCUGCCUCUCACGGACGCGAGCAGCCCCCAGCGGAAUAUCGGGCUGCUGAACCCAAUUCCCAUCGGGAACCGAGAAGAGGACCUCCUGGAGAACUGGAGGUCGAUUUUAGGACUGGGAGUUCUGGAAUCGGAGUGCGGGCGUCCCUUAUUCUCGACCUAUUCGGGACUCUGGAGGAAAUGCUACUACCUCGGUAUCGAUCAGGAUAUUGAUAACCUGAUAUCAAAGGGUAUUGCACAGCGAUGCACAUCAGUCAAGUAUCAUUUCUCUCAGCCCAUCCGACUGCGCAACAUCCCCUUUAACUUGACAAGGACCAUCCAGCAGGAUGAGUGGCACCUGCUGCACCUGCGCCGGAUCACAGCGGGCUUUCUGGGCAUGGCGGCGGCCGUGCUGCUGUGCGGGUGCAUCGUGGCCACGGUCAGCUUCUUCUGGGAGGAGAGCCUCACCCAGCACGUGUCCGGCCUGCUCUUCCUCAUGGCGGGUAUUUUCUGCACAAUCUCUUUGUGUACCUACGCAGCCAGCAUCUCGUAUGAUCUCUCUCGGACUCCGUCGUUCAUCUACGGGCUGCCCGGCGACGUGGAGCAUGGUUAUAGCUGGUCCAUAUUCUGUGCCUGGUGCAGUCUGGGCCUCACGGUAGCGGCGGGCUGCCUGUGCACCACCUACCCCUUCAUCAGCAGAGCCAAGGCCGUGCAGUCAAAAACCGCCAGGGACUCCUCGGUGUGAAGGCCACUGCUCCGGAGCCAGUGCUAUGCCAAGCACUAUGCAGCAUUUCCUUUUAAAGCAUUGCUUUAUGUUUGGGAGUUCUGUGGCGAGACCUGAAUUCAAGACUUGAUAUCGUAUCUCCCCCAGCUGUGUCCUGCCAGGUGUUGUGGAAUAAUGUACAUAAAAACCCAGACAAAAUGUGGUCCAGUGUAGAUUGUUACCUCUGUUAUAUCGGUAGACAGUUCUAGGAAAACCAAUUAAACUACUGUGAAGACUUCAAGAACUGUGAUUGCUCCCCAGCACCUCCAUUUGUGAUGCAAGAAGGAUUUAUUGUGAGCGGCAACAUUCUGGUGACGUAUUAGUUACCACGUUAAAGCAUGAACCUCAGACAAAACCUCACGUUGUCAAACCAAGUGCUGUUUUCCAUUUCCUAUAAGAGACGAUUGAUUUUUAAAAACUCUUUCAGUGUCCCCCUCCAGACUCCUGCUUCUCCUGUGACAAGUGAAGAAGUCAGUGCAGCACCAGCAGACAGGGAGACAGGCACCUGAAGGACUGCAGCACAAUCUGUGUCGUGUGGAUCCCUGCAAGCACGGUGGAUCUUGGCACUACAGACUGCCACCACAUUGUGACACCAUUCGUGACAGAGGAGGCAAGGCAAGAGGAGCCCAAUGCCCAUCUCUGCUAAUAUAGCCACCCCUUUCAAUGAGGGGAGAACAGUCAUUUCAGAAAAGUACCGUAACACAAACUGCGACUGCAGAGGGAACUGAAAACGGACAACGUUUUUUUUUUUCUGGCUUGAUAGGCUGCUUCACUGCUGCAUGGAAAAAACAACAAACAGUAUGAAGCAGUCUGGUUUAUUGUGUGUGUGUGUGAGAUCUGAGUUUUUAAAAAAACAUUUCGGACGGAGAAUAGGAAAGAUUUCAUGACAAGGCUUCCCAGCCAGCUUGUUGAGGCCCAGUCUCUGGGCACCUUUAAGAAACCUCUGGAUGAAAUUCUAGGUUCACUCAGGUGCUGAACUACCACCCGAGCAAGAUGGGCCACAUGGCCCCCCGCUUGUGUGUAGACCUUCGUUUUGUUCUUUUGAUGAAGUAAGGCAGGCUCCUUUUGAAUUAAUCAGCAAUGAAACGACUGUGGACAUGAGAAAAAACAGGGAAUCUUCAUUCCUCCUCGAAGCUGAGACCUGCUCUUGAAACUGAGUGAAAGACCGAGUCUGCUGGGCUUCGAAAGCCCUAAUGUGCUGACGUACAGUUACUGAAAACAACAGCAACAAAAAAUCCUGAGCUGUAAUAUCAUCAUUUUGUACACUGUGAAUUCAGUUGUUCUGUUAAUAAAGUACUGUUAAGUAUAUAAA